AUGAGGGAUCAGAGGCGGGUGGUGUCCUGGAGUUUUUAUGAUGCGAGUGGGGAGGCCAAGGCUGCACUAACCAAGGAAAAAAGGCUGGUCAUCCUCAGCGACUGUUGCAGCCUAAGUAAAGUGACCCUAUUUGAGGCAUUCGCCGGAAGGGUCAGCCAAGGCGGGGCAUAUAUAAUGCGUGGGUACUCCCUGCACGGCGAGGGCCCACCCUUCGCUAUAAACGUCACGAAGGAAACACAGUUCUUCAGAUCUGCCCCGGUGGAGGUGAGCGGGGAGCUGCGUGCCAGCGCAGAAAAACUUCUGUGCCCCUCAUCAACACCAACUGCCACAAAAGACGUGAAGAGUCAGGAGGGGUUCCUGACCUUACAGGGAGAGGUGGUGGAGAUCUCUGCAGUGAAAAAAAUUAAAGUUGGAAAGGACAUGGUGCCCAUGAAGACAGUGGUGCUGGAGCAGGACAAAGCACAGGUGUCCAUCAGCCUGUGGAGGGAGGCAGCCCUGUUCUCCUUUGCAAUAGGGGACGAGGCCAGGCUGACCCACCUGAAGGGACACCAGUCCUCUUAUGGGUACCGUGUCCACUCAACAAAUUUUACAGUUUGUGAGGAGACCGACAGCGUGCUGGUUGUCAGUGCCCUGGGGACCAUCGAGGUGGAGGGUAAAGAGGGGGUGCUGAAAUUACUGGUUGAGGGGGAACAGGUCUACGACAUUGAGGAGGAGCUUUGGACCCCUCUUCAGGGGAAAAUGGUCAAGCUGCCAUUUUAUGUAAAAAUAACAGUGAAGGGGAAAAGGGUCACUAAGGCUGAGUUGGUGAAGGGGGAGGUUUAA